AUGGCUGAAGCUCAGUUGGAAGAUUUCCCUUCGCUCUUCUCCCUGAAGGGCAAGGUCGCUGUCAUCACCGGCGGCUCUCGCGGCCUGGCGGGCGCUUCAAAGGUCUUCAUCUCAUCCCGUAAGGCCGCUGCCUGUGAAGAAGCGUGCAAAGCUCUCAAUGCUCUCCCCAACCUUGCACCCGGUGCUGUGGCCAUCUCAGUUCCCGCAGACUCAUCCAAGUUCGAGGGCGUAGAGAGUCUUCUCGCCCAAGUCAAGAAGCACACUGAUCGCGUCGACAUCCUCCUCGCAAAUGCUGGAGCUACAUGGGGCGAGCAGUUUGACACGCACCCUGACUCUGCUUUUGCCAAGGUCAUGGACCUCAAUGUCAAGGCUGUUUUCAACACAAUCCGUCUUUUCACACCACUCCUCGAGAAGAGCGCGUCUCUUCAGGAUCCUAGCCGUGUGAUUAUCACUGCCAGUGUUGCAGGACUUGGUGUCGGCACAAUUGGAAAGCAGGGCACAUAUGGCUACUCCGCCAGCAAGGCUGCUGUGCUGCAUCUGGGACGCAACAUUGCCAUGGAGCUGGGACCUAGACACAUCACCGUCAACUCCAUCUGCCCUGGCUUCUUCCCUAGCAAGAUGUCCAAUGGUCUACUUGAGAUGUCCGGUGGUGCUGAGGAGAUUGCAAACAGCAACCCCAUGCGCCGACUGGGCAAGCCUGAGGACAUUGCUGGUGUGGUUGUUUACCUCGCUAGUCGGGCAGGAUCUCAUGUUAAUGGUGAGACGAUUGCUAUUGAUGGCGGUGCCCUGUGGCAGCGAGGCGAGCUCAUGGUCGAGUCUAAGCCAAAGCUGUAG